AUGCAAGUUGCAAGCACCCUCUCCCGAGCGGAGACAUGGCGUCUGUUGGUCCUCGUGGGGGCCGGUCUCGGCAUUCUGGUCAACACGUUCCAGGGCGAUGGCGCGCCGCUGAUAGCCUCGAUUGCUCUAUCUGCCAUUGCUUUUGCGGUCGCUUUCAGCAUGAUUCGAUGGCUCGGGCCUGUGUUUCUCACGGCAGGUAUCAAAGGAAAAGAUAUGGCUAAACCCAGAAAGCCUGAAAUACCGGAAACAAUGGGUGCGGUUUGUGCUGUGGUUUAUCUACUUUCUCUUAUUGUUUUCAUUCCCUUUGCCUUUUACAAGGAUAUUGUCGCGGCAACCUCGGGUGGAGGAAAUCGAGACGUUGUUAUUGAAGACCAACACAUUGAGACCGGGCGCUACCUGCACAGAUUUCCUCAUGGAAAGCUCGCAUCAUACCUCUCAGGUCUUCUGUCCUUACAAUCCAUCAUUAUUCUUGGGAUUGGGGACGACUUGCUUGAUAUUCGCUGGAGACACAAGGUUCUGAUUCCUGCAUUUGCAGCUAUCCCCAUGCUAAUUGUUUACUUUGUGGACUUUGGCGUGACACAAGUCGUUGUUCCCGUUCCUUUGCAACGGUACCUUGGUGAUUUUAUUGACCUCGGAUGGCUGUACUACAUGUACAUGGCAGCCGUGGCAAUCUUUUGCCCAAAUGCCAUCAACAUGCUGGCAGGUAUCAAUGGUAUUGAAGUUGCGCAGUCGCUCGUCAUUGCGGUCCUACUGCUUUUUAAUGAUGCCAUGUACCUCGCCCCCUUCACGCCAUACCCACACCCGGCCACCGAUUCCCACCUGUUCUCGAUUUACUUCUUGCUGCCAUUCAUUGGCGUUUCAGCCGCGCUUUUGUGCCACAACUGGUACCCUUCGAAGGUGUUUGUCGGUGAUACCUACUGUUACCUUGCAGGCAUGGUGUUUGCUGUUGUGGGUAUUCUGGGCCAUUUCAGCAAGACCUUGUUGCUGCUGUUUGUCCCACAAAUCUUCAAUUUCCUGUACUCAACGCCUCAACUCUUCCAUAUAAUCCCCUGUCCGCGUCACCGACUCCCCAAGUUCAAUGCCUCAACUGGUUUGUUAGAUGUUUCCGUUACAGAAUGGAGCAUCCCCCCUUCCCCGUUGGUUGCUACAGCUCUUGAGCUAUUGCACACAUUACGACUGGCGCGCGUUUGGAAGAAUGAAGCCGGUCAAAUUGUGGAAUCUACAAACCUGACAAUCUUGAACCUUUGGCUUGUGUGGAUGGGGCCAAUGAGGGAAGAUCGACUUGCAUGGCACAUGGUCUUUGUUCAGACCGCGUGUGGAUUUCUAGGUCUUUUCGUUCGACAUCGUCUUGCCUUGCUGGUGUUUAACCAGGACAACAGGACAUUCGAAUCCGUUGCAUAG